CCCGGGCAGCGGGAGAACGGGGCACUGGCGCCUCCGCCCGCGCCCCAUGAGCCGUGCGGACCGCGGCGGGGAACGCCGGGAGAGCGGUCCAUGGCGCGCUUCCCACACGGCGGCGGCGGCGCUAUGUUGGCGCGGUGCCUCCGGUGGCUCCGGCACCCCGGCGGGCGCUCCAUGCCCCCCCCCGAGGCCGUGCCGCAGCCGUCCCCCAGCAAGAGGCAGAAGGGCUCGGGGCCUGAAGAUGCCUCCGCGCGGCUCCGCUUCACCAAACUGUCCGAGAACGCCUUUGCCCCCUCCAGGGGCUCCGCGCGGAGUGCGGGCUACGAUCUGUACAGUGCCUAUGACUGUGUGAUACCACCCAUGGAAAAGGCUGUGGUGAAAACAGACAUUCAGAUAGCACUUCCUCCUGGAUGCUAUGGCCGAGUAGCACCACGUUCUGGUUUAGCUGCAAAGCACUUCAUAGAUGUUGGAGUUACACACAGACAUUUGCUAACUGGGUAUCUGGAAAUUCUCAUGACAGCUGGUGUUAUUGAUGAGGAUUACAGGGGAAAUGUUGGUGUGGUACUGUUCAACUUUGGCAAGGAGACGUUUGAAGUCAAAAAAGGGGAUAGAAUUGCCCAGCUCAUCUGUGAACGCAUUUAUUACCCUGAGCUAGAAGAAGUUGAAGCUCUGGAUGACACAGAACGUGGCGAAGGUGGCUUUGGCUCCACUGGGAAGAACUGAAAAUUACUUGAAUAUACUUUCUGGGUUUUUUUUGUUAUACUAUUUCUAAAUUUCCAUCUGAAUUAGAAGUAGGAUUUUUGGAAUACAUAAAAAUAUUUCAAGUUUUAUUGAGACCUCUCUGUACCUAUCCUCCCGUGAAUUUGUCUGCGUAGAGAGGAAAUAUGCAUGACUGGCUUGACUAACUAGUUGAUGUAUCUUUCAAGAUAUUUGGUUCUCAGCAAUUAGAAUGUAUUGUUUAUGUGGCAAUUAUAUUGUAAUAAAUGAAAAAUAACUAUUUUACUCACCUAAACUACAACA